GAGGCAGUUAACCUUUCGGGAUUGUUUCUGAAUUGUUGGACUGAACUAUUCCGCUCGUGGAAGGAAGGUCACGUAUAGAAGCUGCCUGGGUGUUUUGGGCAGUCCUUCUUUAGAGUUCGCGGCGGCCGGACGUGUUUGGUGUGCUGAUACCCACGCGGACGGCAAGAUGUGGAAGUACGGUGUUGUGGUUUUAGUGUUGGCGUCGUGUACCGGGCGGCCGCAGAUGGAGCCUGAGGAGGAGUGUUACGGGAUAUACUGUGACGACGCCGAUAACAGCACUCAAACCUAUUACUACGACGGCGAGGACGGCGACGCUGGUGAUGGCCCCGGCAACGAAACUAACCCCUUGGCCCGAGAGUUGUUGUUUUACCGAACGAGGCCCAGCUAUCGAGUCGUGUAUCGACGGGCGAACUUUUGCGGUGUGCGAGCUCAAGCUUCGGGGUUGAAGGCGCCUAGUAGACUGCACUUUCAGAAUGUCCACGUGAACACCGGCAAGCCGUGGAGGGACAAUGGGAGUUUUGUGGCUCCCCAUGAAGGCGGCUACUUCUUCGCCUUCCACGGUACCUCCGCCAGGAACUCCAACUUCACCGUCGCCUUGAUGCUUAACAACUAUCCGCUGGUGUGGGCGUAUAGCAGACGGGGCAGGUAUAUGCACAGCUCCACCUCCCUCUUCUACUUCCUGCUAAAAGGCGACGUGAUAAAGCUGCAGCUGGAGGAGGGAGCCAUCUACGAGAACCCUUACGUCAACGCCUACAACUCCUUCUCCAGCUUCAUGAUGUUCCGCAACGACUUGAAGUGAUGGCGGAGAUAAUGGGGAGGAAGAGGAAGAAGGAAGAAAUAAAAAAAAAAUAAAGUAGUAAAAAAAAAAACUGAAGAAAAGUAAAAUGAGAAGGGAGAGGAGGAGGAGGAAGGAAAAAAAGAGGAUGAAAUAUAAAAAGAGUAAGAAAGAAAAAAACAGGAAGAAAAAGAAAGGGGAGGAGGAGGAGGAGGAGGAGGAGGAAGAAGAUGGAAGGAAGAAAAAAAAGAGUAUGAAAUAAAAAUUAAAAAACAGGAGAAAGAAAAUAAGUGGAGGAAGGAAAGGAAAUGGAAAAGGACGAAAUAAAAAGAGGAGCAAAAAAAGAAAUAAAAGAAAAAGAAAUAGAAGAAGAGGAAGAGGAGGAGGAGGGGGAAGAAGAGGGGGUGGAGUACAUCGUAGAGAUUAACUUAAGCUCUGUGUCUGAAAACUUACCUGGUCCUUGAAACUUUAUAAGGUGGUUAAUAAUGGGUAUAUAUAUGUCUGUGUGUGUCUGUUAAAUAAAAGUCGAUACAAGAUAAACA